AUUUGGAAUAACAGUACGUGCGGGUGUUUUCGCGGGCGCGUUCAUGUUGCCGUUCGCUUCUUCAUCUACAGUUAGUUCUUGCCUAGCUGUUGGCGCGCCUGGACAACGCAAAGUGCGUUUGGAGUGUUGCCCUUAAAAAUAGCCAAAUAUUUUACAGCAACAACUCUUGUCAAUCCAUUGCAGUCAAGUGUAAGUCAAACAACACGAAAGCUCGUGCAAACCGAACGUGGCAAAAAAAAGAACCGUUAAAAACAUUAAAUUAUCACAUAUAGAAUAACAGCAACAAAGAACUGUAACUGCAACUAUCUGGUGUAACUGCAUCUGCAUUGCCACCAGCAACGCCAACGCCAACGCCAACUCCCAAUUGGCAGCCGGCAAAUGAUCAGGCGAAUUAAAACUGAAAGUUCGCCUCGAAUUGUUGCCUAACGAGCAUGGAACAGAGGGAGGGCAUACAAAGUGUCGCCGCUACUGUGCGAUACGUUCGUGUUUCGGGAGCCGUCCAAUGCUGGAGGUGCUCUAGCGACUAAAUAGAAUUAUGGCAAAGCCCGCAAUAAACAUAAUACCGCAAAGUCGGCUAGCCAUGUCCCCAAUCGGCCGCCCACAGCGUAGAACAAUCAAAAGGUGUUAAGAACUAUAUAGUAUGUACAUAUGUAUUUAAAUAUGUACGUAUAUAGAGUAUAAUGCUUGUAAAGCAAAUUAUGCAUAAAGCAAAAGACGAAAAUAAUUAUAGUAUUGAAAAGUUGCAAUCAAAACCAAACGAAUGAAAUCAAAAUACCAAAGAAGAGUGACAAAACCAACACGCAAGAAACAACAACACAACAAGAAGAAGAAGAAUAAGAACUAGAUGACUAACACACACACACACAACAGCAACAGCAACAGCAACAAAAUGACUGGAAGUCUCAGCAACAAAAUGGCACUGGGAAAAUCCAUUAAAAUGUACCUGACCAUAUUCGUAGCCACGACCUGCAUCUAUAUGGUGCUCUAUCAAUAUCAUUUGUCCCGACAGCCACUCACGGCCAACGAGGUCGUCAAGUCUAUGCAGCAUCCAGAAAAGACAUCAUUACCAUCAUCUUCAUACAUCGCUUCAUAUUUGUGGGCGCCCAUGUUAAAUAGCUCCGUCAUUAAUGGCACAAUGGGAGUAGAACAGGUACAGGUGAAUGGACAGGUACGGGUGCAUGGACCAAAUACGACAGACUCUUCCGUCUCUGCCUCAGCCUCCGCCUCCGCCUCCUCAGCAGCAGCAGCAUCCGCGUCUAGCUCUGGUGCGUCUGUUUAUUCGACGGUUUCAUUGCCACAGACAUUGUCAUCCAACGGCAAUCUCAAAAGCAUCUCCACAACAACAACAACAACAACUACGACAACAACAACUACAACAACAGUUGCUGCAACAGUACCAACUACACCAACAACAACAACUACAAUUGAUAAACUAAAAACACCAAUGACCCAAUCCAGCCACGCCCACAAUUUAAUGGGAAAAGCCGCUCAUAAAAUUCGUUCACGAUUUGUUGCCGUCUCCGAGCCCCCGCCAUUGUACAUCAUCACGCCUACUUAUCGACGCCCCGAACAGCUGGCGGAGCUGACGCGACUCGGCUACACGCUGAAGCAUGUGCUCAACUUGCUCUGGCUGGUCAUCGAGGAUGCGAACAAGACAAACCCUUUGGUCGCCCACACCCUGGACCGCAUUGGCGUGCCCUACGAGUACCUGGUCGCGCCCAUGCCCGAGCAGUAUAAGCACACCAAGAAGGCCAAGCCCCGCGGUGUCUCCAAUAGGAAUCGUGGACUCGACUACUUGCGCGCUAAUGCCAGCGAGGGCGUACUGUAUUUUGCCGACGAUGAUAACACCUACGAUGUUAACAUAUUUGAACAGAUGCGCUACACCAAAAAGGUGUCCAUGUGGCCCGUGGGCUUGGUAACCAAAACGGGUGUCAGCAGUCCCAUCAUACGUGAGGGUAAGCUGGAUGGCUACUACGACGGCUGGAUAGGGGGGCGCAAGUAUCCCGUCGAUAUGGCUGGGUUUGCGGUGAGUGUGAAGUUCCUGCACGAGCGGCCAAACGCAAAGAUGCCCUUCAAGCCGGGCUACGAGGAGGAUGGCUUUCUGCGCAGCCUGGCGCCGUUGCAGAAUAGCGAAAUCGAGCUGCUCGCCGACGAAUGCCGGGAUAUACUCACCUGGCAUACGCAAACGAAAAAGAAUCCACCCGCCCAGCCGUUCAAUGCGACGCGCUACGCGAACACGAAUUUGGCUUUCAUUGAGAAGUUGCUGGUGCGACCGUAGGAGCAGGAGCAGAUGCAGGAGCCCCCAGUUUGUCCAAGUGUAGUAGUUAGCCUUAGAUAGGUAUUAUAUAUGCGAUUACGAUUGUGUACGCAGCGAGUGAGCUCACAAAGUGUCCGCGACUUCGAACCAGUUGUACAGGUACAAUCCUGUGUUGAAGUCGUCCUCUUUAUAUAUAUACACGAAUAUCGACUAUCGUUAGUUUUGCACAGAGUAUAUAUACCCUGUAAAUGAUGAGCAGAUAUAGACGCAUAUACAUAUUGUAUUAAUGUAACUUAGUUAGGCUCUAAGCGCACAAGUUUAUACGAUAUUUGAAGAUAUGGCCAAGGCCUCUAUUGGUUACAGCUGCACACACUAAAUACCUUUAGUAUUGUAUUUUAUAAUGUCCUCAACCUAAACUAUAUUAUUAUAAUAUACAUAUAUAUUGUACAGAUUUGCAAUACACACGAAGCGAGGCUUAGGCCAAUUUUUUGAUAAGCGAAAAAGUAUUUAAGUGCAUUACUUUAUGAAAGACAACAGCCUCUAUGUUUAAGCUUUAGUUGAUAAGGUUCCACGUUCUGCAAUUCAAAUAUGAUAAUUCGUUGAAAACAAAACACUCAGACAACAAUA